GCCUCGGUCCCAUCCAAGGAAACUGUCACGCUGGAAAACGCGCUACACGGGCGCACAUGUUUCGAUUCCCGCUCUCAGUUCCGCCCUGUGUGCUUCGCUCAGUCUCGCGCAUUGGCGCAGUCUGCGGUGUCCUUCGCCAGUGAUGCUCUCCACCAGUCCAAAUCCCGAGACACAGGCGAAAGAGUGCGGAGCCACGAGUGAUCCCAGAAUACACCGAGGGUUCGCGGCAGCAGAGAGCACUAACAUGGCUGAAGCAGGGACUGGCUUGCUCGAGCAGCUCAAGUCGUGCAUCGUCUGCUCUUGGACUUACCUCUGGACUGUCUGGUUCUUUGUUAUGCUCUUUCUGGUGUACAUCCUAAGGGUGCCGUUAAGGAUCAACGACAAUCUGACCACAGUAAGCAUGUUUCUGAAUACACUGACGCCAAAAUUCUAUGUUGCCCUGACGGGAACCUCUUCACUAAUAUCUGGGCUUAUAUUGAUAUUUGAAUGGUGGUAUUUCCGAAAGUAUGGCACAUCAUUUAUAGAGCAGGUCUCUGUGAGCCACCUGCGCCCUCUGCUGGGUGGAGUAGAUAACAGUUCUCCCAGCAAUUCCAGCACUACUAAUGGAGACUCUGAUUCAAGCCGGCAAAGUGUUUCAGAAUGUAAAGUGUGGCGAAACCCGUUAAAUUUAUUUAGAGGAGCAGAAUACAACCGGUAUACAUGGGUUACUGGAAGAGAGCCUCUCACAUAUUAUGAUAUGAAUCUUUCAGCCCAAGAUCACCAGACAUUUUUCACAUGUGACACAGACCAUAUGAGGCCAGCAGAUGCUAUAAUGCAGAAAGCCUGGAGAGAAAGAAAUCCUCAAGCUCGAAUCUCUGCAGCACAUGAAGCCUUAGAGUUAAACGACUGUGCCACUGCCUACAUCCUUCUCGCCGAAGAGGAGGCUACAACAAUAGUGGAAGCUGAAAAGCUGUUUAAACAGGCACUGAAGGUGGGAGAAGGGUGCUACAGAAGAAGUCAACAGCUGCAGCAUCAUGGGGCUCAGUAUGAAGCACAGCAUAGAAGGGACACAAAUGUAUUAGUGUACAUCAAAAGGAGGUUAGCAAUGUGUGCACGGAAGCUGGGAAGGACAAGAGAAGCAGUAAAAAUGAUGAGAGACCUAAUGAAGGAGUUCCCUCUUCUCAGCAUGUUUAAUAUCCAUGAAAAUCUCCUAGAAGCCUUACUGGAGUUGCAGGCCUAUGCAGAUGUACAAGCAGUAUUAGCGAAAUAUGAUGAUAUUAGUUUACCCAAAUCUGCAACAAUAUGUUACACAGCUGCUCUCCUCAAAGCCAGAGCCGUUUCAGACAAAUUUUCACCAGAGGCGGCAUCAAGAAGAGGUCUCAGUACUGCAGAAAUGAACGCUGUGGAAGCCAUACACAGAGCUGUAGAGUUUAAUCCACACGUACCAAAAUACCUUUUAGAAAUGAAAAGCUUAAUACUGCCACCAGAACAUAUAUUGAAAAGAGGAGACAGUGAAGCAAUAGCAUAUGCAUUCUUUCAUCUUCAACACUGGAAGAGGGUGGAAGGAGCUUUAAAUCUUCUCCAUUGCACUUGGGAAGGAACUUUUCGAAUGAUCCCCUAUCCUCUAGAAAAGGGUCACCUCUUCUACCCUUACCCCAUUUGCACAGAGACAGCAGACAGGGAGCUGCUACCAUCAUUUCAUGAAGUUUCAGUUUACCCGAAGAAAGAACUCCCUUUCUUUAUCCUUUUCACAGCAGGCUUGUGUUCCUUUACAGCGAUGCUUGCACUCCUCACGCACCAGUUUCCAGAACUAAUGGGGGUCUUUGCUAAGGCUUUUCUCAGUACCCUGUUUGCACCACUAAACUUUGUGAUGGAAAAGGUUGAGAGCAUUCUGCCUUCUAGCCUUUGGCAUCAGCUUACAAGGAUCUAAGAAGACUAAAGGGACUUUGUUCAAGCCACUGCCAUGGUGUUUGUGCCAAGAUCAUGUCACUUGUGGCCUACACGGAACACAUGAUGGAGAAAGGGAUAAAGACUGUCAAUCAAAUGACUUUUGUUAGUUCUCAUGUAAACCUGUUUUUGUUGUACAAAAAAGGUGACGUUUAGUUCUAUUAUAUUUUGCCUUCAGAAAGCAAAAAUUCAGAAAAACAAAAAUAAAGUUUCUUUUGUGUAUUGCA